CGUCCGAAUCCACCAGGGAAUCGGCCGCGUCAGAAUACAGAGAAUCCGUCAGCAAAUCAGCCAGGGCCCCAACCAAAUGUCUAUUAUUAUAUCUCUUAUGAAGAUUACCAGUCUUUAUAUGCCAAACUCAACUUUGUACAAAGUUAUAAUAUAGGAGGUGUUGCAAUUGCUGAUAUCACGAAAGAUCCACAAAUUAUAGACUUUAUUUCGGGAAAUAAACAAAAUAAUCCAGGCAAUUCUACACAUCUGCCCAAUAUAGGUGCAAAUGUAGGUGCAAUAGUGGGUGGUAUAAUAGGCUCACUUAUGUUUGGCGCAUUAGUAGCUGCUGGCUUUUUAUUAUAUCGAAGAAGACACAAGACAAACAAUAUUGUAACAACUGUCGUAGCAAUGUUUGAUUAUGUGGGAAAAGAGGCAAAUGAUUUGAGUUUUAAAGCAGGUGAUGUUAUUGAA